GUGGUUGAGGCCAGCGGCUGGGGGUGGCAACACUUUGGGAUGAGGACGGAAGGAACCGCGGGUCAUCUUGUCGCCAUCAAGACGCUCGACUACGAAGACCAGGCACAGCGUCAGGGCUUCCGCUUCAUGGUGCAGGUCACAGACAGGGGUCGUGGUGGGUGGAGCGACGCACGUCACACUGACACAGCCUGGGUGGAGGUGAAGCUGCGUGAUGUCAACGACAACCCACCACAAUUCACUCGCUCUCACGCCCACGUCACCGUGAGGGAGGACACCGCCCCCGGCACCCUCCUGGCUGCCCUCCCCGCCAUUGAUCUUGACAUGAUGGAGCAACAGCGUGUAGACUAUCGUGUCCUGGGAGGUUGGGGAGCUCUGACCGUGGAUGGUGUUGGGGGUGUGAGGCUGUGGCGCGCCUUAGACCGUGAAGGUGGUGGUGGGGGGGUGGGUGUUGCACGGGUGGUGGCUGUGGAUGAAGGCCACCCCUCUCUCUCCUCCACCGCCACACUCACCAUCACUCUUGACGAUGUCAACGACUGUCCUCCGCGGCUCCUGCCCCCGACCCUCCUCCACGUGACUGAGGGCGCUCCUGCCUCCCUCUUGGGUCUUCUUACCGCAACUGACGACGACAUGUGGGCGCUGGGCCACGGCCCCCCCUUCGUCUUUACCCUGGCGCCCAGCAACCCCUCUCACGUUCUUAACACCCUCAACAUCAAUUACCUUCCAAGUUUAGACAGUGGGCGCGGUGGAGCUCAGGUUUGGACGAUGGGGCCAUUGGAUAGAGAGGAGCACCGUCAGCUGGCAGCCGAGAUAGUGGUGACAGAUGCUGGUGGACUGGCUGCUACUCACCCUAUCACCAUUAUUGUUGAUGACAUUAAUGACAACCCCAUGAGACCUGGUUUCAAGACCGUCCACCUGUGGAAGACUCAGGCUGGCGGUGCUGAUGCUGCUCUUGGUAGAGUUUAUGUGGAGGACCCGGACGACUGGGAUCUCGAGGAUAAAACAUUCGCCUGGGCAGGACCUCCCCACCCACUCUUCACGCUCCAAAACAAUACUGGGGAGAUAUUUGCCUCCAAACAACUCAGAGAGGGAAGGUAUGAGCUGCACUUCACUGUGUCUGACAGAGUAUGGGGACAGACGAACGUACCGGCCAAUGUAACUGUGGCUGUGAGGUAUUUGUCACCCGAAGCUCUGACUCACGCCGUCCCCGUCACUCUCAUGCCCACAACACCAGCAGCUCUCACCGCUGGAUGGACACCUUCGAAUGGUGGUGGUGGUCUGGGCACUCUGAUGGAGGCCGUAAAGAAAGUAGUGGGGAAUGCAGCUGAAGCCGUGGAGGUGGUCAGUGUCUAUGGUCUUCACACAUUCCCUCAACCCGCUGCUGCUGAUAUCAUCCUGACCACUCAAGACUCACCAUCUCCAAUACCUUUUGCAAGUGUAUGGAUAAGCGUGAAACAAACGGGCAGAAGCUUCAUGGACCCAGUCAAGUUACAUGGGAUGUUGGCACUUCACCUGCAACAUCUGGAGAAGCUGAUGAAACUUCGGGUGGCUCUGGAGGAUACACGCGCCAUGGAGGAGGAGAAUGGGAAGGUAUCAUCUGGCUCGUCCAUCUCAUACACAUCCGACACACAAGUUCCACAUAACCCUUCAUCUGUUGCGUCCCUGGCAUCUAUGGCACUCCCACUCCAAGUAGUGGACACCAACUCCACCUCCUUGGUGACUCCUCGACUGACACGAGCUCAAGAGUGCCAUGCCCACAAGCGUCACGACGAUGAAACUUGCACCACAACCUCCUGCCUUAAUGGUGGCCGCUGCAUUAGGACAGACAUCGGGAACAGGUGCAUGUGCCCAGGUGGGUCGUGGGGACCUCAGUGUAAGGUACUUGCUCGCACCUUCUCAGGGUCCGGCUGGGCGUGGGUACGACCACUACCUCCGUGUCUCCCCACCACUAUCUCUGUACGACUUCUCACUCGCAACCAGGAUGCUAUGAUCCUGUACUCUGGUCCCCUAUCAUCCUCUUUUAACCAUCCACAUUACCCACCCACACCCAUGAUAGCACUUCAGUUGGCAGGUGGGCAGCCACAGGUGGUGCUAGAAGGUGCGAGAGGACCAAUGAAGCUACAGGUGAACACCACACUGAACACUGGCACCUGGCACACCCUGCACCUGAGUCUUAACGCUCAGGGAAUGACUCUAAUGGUAGACCUCUGUGGGCGUGAGUGGGCACCUGACAUAACCAAUGAUGCCCACUGCAUUGUAAGGACUCCAUGGAUAAACACUCGGGUAACGGAAAGUUGGAGUAGCAGCGUCCCACUCCAGUUAGGUGGACUUGCUCAUCCAUACCCUCACUCAGCAAAGUUUGGAUGGUCAACUGACUUAGUGCAAGAGGCUUUAGAUGGCUGCAUCUCUCACCUCACAGUUAAUGGAGAGCUUGUUGACCUGGGUGAGCCAGCCUACAGCAGUGGAAGUGAGAGAGGCUGUAUACCCCAGGAAAAUGCCUGUAGAGACGCUCUGGUCUCGUGUGGCCUACGAGCCCAAUGUGUUGGUGGCUUAAACAAUCCUAGUUGUGAGUGUCAACCAGGAUUGAUGGGGCCUGAGUGUGCCUCACCUACUGUACCAGCUGCUUUUGGCCAAGCUUCAUACACAAAGGUAGCAUUGUCCUUCACACCUGACCCAUAUGACGUGAUGCUUCAGCUACGAGUAAGAGCACGAGGUCAUCCAAAUGGCCUCGUGAUUCAGUUGGCUGAUACUCAACAAUCUCACGUCCUGAAAUUAUGUUUACAUGGUGGUGUCGCCUGCGCCUCAGUUACUGGGAUGGAGUCAGCACUACAGGAGGUAUGCUUAGAGAGCUUCCCACUAGGUGAUGGUUCCUGGCACACUAUACGAGUUGGUCGUCAUGGGCACAACCUCAUCAUAUCAGUAGAUGACGGUGAUGGCUGGCGACGGAACGAAACUUUGUCUUCUUUGCUAACAACAGCCAGACUUACAGACAUGCAGCCACUUGUCACUGCACCUCCUUUGCCUAUCACUGUGGACAGACAAGGAGUGACUAUAGGAGGCAUACCAGAACUUGAUGAACUUAGCCCAGUGAAAGUUCACGAUGAUCUCCAAGAUGUUUGUAUUGAUGAUGUCCGAGUGUCAGGUCACUCCCUCCCAUUACCACCAUUUGUAAACGAGACAGUAUGGGGCCAGGUGAACACUCAACAAAACCUGGAACAAGGUUGUACUGCCCCUGAUUUCUGCACAAACUCCUCCUGUUUGCCUCCUCUGUCCUGCCAGGAUUCUUGGAGACAUGCAACUUGCAGCUGUCAGCCGGGUCAACAGCUGUUGGGCCGUAGGUGCCAGGAUGUUGACGAGUGUGUAUUCCAGCCUUGUCUACAAGGAGGCACCUGUUACAACCUGAGACCUGGUUACCACUGUGUGUGUGGUCCAGCUCACACGGGAGACAACUGUGAAUGGGCCAAACUACCUUCAGACCCUAACCCUUUUACAGCACCAAUGGCCAUAGCAGCUCUUACACUCUCUGUUCUAGUUAUUGUGGUAAUUGGUAUCCUGUUGAACAUUCGCCUUCACCGGUCCCGUGCAGCACGAGGCAUGGCUGGACGUUCAGGAGGUGUGGAGGGUGUAACUAGUGUUGUUGAAACCCCAGUUGAAGUACAAGCAGUCACAGACACCCCUCACAUUCGUGCUGCGAAGGAAGAAAAUGUGUUGCUAGACUCUCUGAAGAUCAAAAUGCCCACUAAACAGAUUCUUCUAUCACCUAAAGGCACAAAGCAUCUGGUCACUCCCAUAGGACCUCUGACUCUUGGGGAGAAGGUAAUCACCAAAUGCUCCUGCUGUGAAGAUGUUAGAUGUAAGGAAGCCACCAACAACUCUCCAAGGUGUUCCACAGCAGCAGUCACGACUACAGUGACGGAGGCAGUUUUAGAACACAGAGUGGGCAUCGCACAGGUGGAUUGUUCUACCACAUGCAAUAAUGCAGUAUGUCCAGUGACGUGUUCAAGAAAACCAACAAAUGGAGUGCUUCAGGUCAUAACCAGUACUGGUAUGAGCUCUGUUCGACCUUUACUGGCACAAGAUGAUCUCAGAGCCUACGCUUAUGAGGGAGACGGAUCGCCAUCUGGAUCGCUUUCUUCUACUGUCUUAGGUUUACAGACAGAAUCAAUGGAAGAUGACAGCCCCAAGCCUCUUGUGCCUGAAUAUGGUGAGGUCCUCGACCUUCUCAAGAGCCUUCCAGAUGCCCUGAACUCUUCAACACUAAGCCAAGACUGCCGUGCUGGUCAUACUACCCAGAAGACAGUUGGUGGGUCAAAGAGCCCUAAAACAAAACAAAAGGAAGUGAACAUUACUUGAGGGGGGAUAAAAAUAAAACUAAGUUGCCAAGCAGAACAGAACCCAGAUAUAAGUGCACACAUGUAAGGACAGUCAUGGUCAAAAUUUAUAUAUGAUCAUGUUCUGUGAUUAACCUUCAACAUGUGAUUCGGUAAUAAACAGCAGUCUCUCCAAAGCCACUUAGCCAAGAAAUUUUUAUUGUUGUAAAAUAAGUUCUUGACCUUUCAGUGACCAUCUCUGGUUAAUAUUUUUUUUUUUCAGCUCAAAAGUACCCUCCCCUAAGUUUAAGUCAUGUGCAAACUUAGAUAAUGACACAAAAGAUAACGAGUGAAGGAUAUUGCAUACACUAAUUUUAUUCGGCAUUGUCACGAACGAUGUUUCGACCACUCUUUAGCUUGUCAGUUUUUUUUAAAUUUAAGGUUUGAUUACAACUAAAUUUCGAAUAAGACACUAUUUUGUUGAUAGUUUGAUAAACAAUCUUUAGCUUAGCAAAAAUCCAUGCAUCACUACACUGAAAGUUCUGUGAGAGGGAAUCCAAGGUGUUUAUACAUUUAUAUUACUUCACCAGUAAA